AGGGGAUCGGUUACCACCACCAACGUUGUGAGCCUCCAAACACACCCGCUAAUACAUUCACGAUAUUGUGUAUCCCUCCCUUGUGACUUUGACCUGUCAAUUCUGUUCAACGCCCUCAGCGGCCCUUUUCUGGCCGUGAUCUACCCACCAUGUCGUCCCUCUUUGACGCCGUUCUCCAGUCCGAAUUGGGUGGCUCGACGGCUGGCUCUCACGACAGACGCCUGAAUUCAGACCAAUUCCCUAGCUCCCGACCACAGCCACCGUCCGAGAGCAAUGGCCCGAUGAGUGAUAUGAAUGCCUUCCCCGAUGACCAGGUUGUUGGCCCUAACAGCUCGACCGCGAGCCGGCUGCGAAACCCCUACCUUCCCGGCCCGCCCCCGGUGGUCGACCUGGCUGGUGAAAAGGUGCAACAGGCCUUUGAGGAAUUGCUGGAGACUUUCAUGGAGGAACCGUCGUCGUCUGCACCCCCGCCGUCUUCGGAAAUCUUCAGUGACAAAUAUUAUAUCGCACAAAUCCAUGGCAUGAGAAGAUUUGACCUGUCCACCCUCUAUGUCGACUUUACACACUUGACAUCCUUGGAUAACCAGAUUUUGGCGGACGCUAUUGCGAACCAAUACUAUCGAUUUCAGCCCUUCCUCACAAAGGCGUUGCACAAUCUGAUUGCUAAAUAUGAGCCUGAAUACUUUGUUUCUCACCGACAGGUCGGCAGUGGCUCCUCGCAGGCAACGACAAUGGCCGCAAAUGCAAGUAUAUCUGAUAACCCUGAGUUGGACCGCAACAUUCGUGAGAAGACACGCCACCAGCAGACGGACAGAUUGUUCUCCUUGGCGUUCUAUAACCUGCCCUUGGUAUCCAGAUUACGACAACUCCGAACGUCCCAGAUUGGCAAGCUGCUUUCCAUCUCCGGCACAAUCACACGAACCUCCGAAAUUCGACCUGAACUGUCUCUUGGAACCUUCAUUUGCGAGCAGUGCAAAUCAGUCGUUCCCAAUGUCGAGCAAACUUUCCGCUACACAGAACCCCCAGAGUGCCCGAACAGCACCUGUGGUAACCGCAUCGGCUGGCGCUUAGAUAUUGGAAAGAGUACAUUUGUUGAUUGGCAAAAGGUGAAAUUGCAGGAAUCAUCCCAUGAGAUUCCUACCGGCAGCAUGCCCCGCACCAUGGACGUCAUUUUGCGAGGUGAAAUGGUUGACCGUGCAAAGGCUGGCGAACGCUGUGUUUUCACUGGUACUCUCAUUGUGGUCCCUGAUGUCAGCCAGUUAGGGCUUCCUGGAGUGCGGCCGGAGGCGGUCCGCGAUAACGGUUCUUUCCGCACUGGAGAUGUUGGAGGUGGAGGUGUGACUGGUCUCAAGGCGCUGGGUGUUAGAGAUCUGACUUACCGAUUGGCUUUCCUCUCGUGUAUGGUGACUCCGGACGCAACAACUCCUGGUCAGCAAACGAACCAGCAGUUGAGCGGCCAAUCUCACAAUAUCUUGGCUUCCUUGAAUCAAAACCAAGAGCCUGAGAGCGAUGACGACAAGGCGCAAGAGGCUCUUCUGCAUAGUCUCAGCCCCUACGAGGUCCAGGACUUGAAGGCUCUUGUUCAUUCGGAAUAUAUCUACUCGCGACUUGUGGACUCUAUCGCUCCCAUGAUUUAUGGACACCGGCAGAUCAAGAAGGGUUUGCUUCUCCAGCUGAUUGGAGGUGUUAGCAAGACCACAGAACAGGAGAACAUGCAGCUUCGUGGUGAUCUUAACAUUUGCAUUGUUGGUGAUCCAUCUACAAGUAAGAGUCAGUUCUUGAAAUAUAUCUGCUCUUUACACCCCCGUGCAGUUUACACUAGUGGUAAGGCUUCGUCUGCCGCCGGUUUGACAGCUUCAGUCGUGAAGGAUGCCGAAACUGGUGAAUUUACCAUCGAGGCUGGUGCUCUGAUGCUUGCUAACGGAGGCGGUAUCUGUGCCAUUGACGAGUUUGACAAGAUGGACAUUAGCGAUCAAGUCGCUAUUCACGAAGCCAUGGAACAGCAAACAAUUUCUAUCGCAAAGGCGGGCAUCCACACCACCCUCAAUGCUCGUGCAUCGAUUCUUGCCGCUGCCAAUCCCAUUGGUGGUCGUUACAACCCCAAGACCACACUACGGGCGAACUUGAAUUUCAGUGCUCCUAUCAUGAGUAGAUUCGAUCUGUUUUUCGUCAUUCGAGAUGAUCCAAAUGAAGCCGUGGACCGCAACCUGGCUGACCACAUCGUCAAUGUCCACAUGAACCGGGAUGAGGCUGUUCAACCAGAACUCAGCACGGAACAAUUGCAACGCUACAUCCGCUUUGCCCGGACGUUCAAGCCUGUCUUCACUGAUGAGGCUAAGGCUUUGCUUGUUGAGAAAUACAAGGAGCUUCGUGCAAACGACGCGCAAGGAGGCAUGGGCCGAUCAUCUUACCGUAUCACCGUUCGUCAGCUCGAAUCUUUGAUCCGUCUUUCCGAAGCUGUCGCCAAGGCCAACUGUGUGGAAGAGAUUGUGCCCAAAUUCGUUCGCGAAGCCUUCGAUCUCCUCCGACAGAGUAUUGUCACCGUCGAGAAGGACGAUGUUGAAGUCGAUGAUGACGAAGAGGCUGCCAAUGCAAACGGGGGUGACGAUGAGGAAGACCAAGAGAUGGCUGAUCGCGAUAGAGAAGGCGACAGCCCUAUGCGUGACGAUGUGGAGCAACAGCCCGCCCGCCAGAAGACCAAGAUUACCUACGACAAGUACAUGAAGAUCUUGAACCUGGUCGUUAGGAGGGUCAACGAAGACGAAUCCCAGGCGGGUGACGGUGUUGAGCAAGAAGAGCUUAUUGUCUGGUACCUGGAGCAAAUCGAGUCUGAACUCAACAACGAGGAAGAUUUGCAGCGGGAGCGUGACUUGGCCAUGAAGGUUUUGAAGAGAAUGGUCAAGGAUAACAUCCUUAUGCCUAUUCGCGGAGAAGGUCUGGUCGACACCGUCAAUGCCGAUGAAGGGGAAACACACAAGAUCGUGUACGUCCUGCACCCCAACUGCGCUGUCGAAGAGAUGUGAUUUUCCUAUUCCGGUGUUCUUUAGUCCAAAGGCAGGGUAAAAGAUUUAGCAUGUAUAAGGUGGGAGUAACAUGGGACCAAGGGAUAAUGAAUGAUGAUAUCCGUUUGUGAUUUCGCUAUCUGAGUACGAUGUGGAUUUCUGUUGAUAUAUUAUAUUCGAUUAAUAGGUCUGGUCUGAGGUGUAGCCUCAAAUUCAGGAUAAAAAUUAUGAUAUUAUGGUAUGCAUUCUACUCAUUGAUUCGAAACGUAGUUUACUG